GCGGUCUGCAUGUCAAGUACUCUCUCUCUCACACACACACUCUCACACACUCUCUCACACACACUCUCUCUCAGUCUGCUGCUCGCUGUGAUUUCCUCGCUGCAGAGAAUUAUCAGAGGAGCCACUAUGGGUUGCCUGGACUGCUGUAUAAAGUGUUUAGGAGGCGUUCCGUACGCGUCUCUACUGGCCACCAUUUUGUGUUUCUCCGGAGUCGCUCUGUUCUGCGGCUGUGGACACGUGGCCCUGAGCGGCACACUCGCCAUCCUCGAGAACAACUUCUACAGGAACCUAAGUGAAACCGCCAUGCUCACCGACGUAAUUUAUCUGUUACAGUAUGUGAUUUAUGGGAUCGCUUCGUUCUUCUUCCUGUAUGGAAUCAUCCUGCUGGCUGAGGGAUUUUACACCACCAGCGCAGUGAAGGAGCUGCACGGCGAGUUUAAGACCACCAUCUGCGGCCGCUGCAUCAGCGCCAUGUUUGUGUUCCUGACGUACGUUCUUGGAGUGGCUUGGCUCGGAGUCUUCGGGUUUUCCUCCAUUCCAGUUUAUCUGUUUUACAACAUCUGGUCCACGUGUGCGUCCAUGGACUCCAACUCCUCCGUCUGUGUGGACAUGCGGCAGUACGGUAUUAUUCCGUGGAACGCCACUCCAGGAGUCGCUUGUGGUGCGAUGCUUCUCGAGAUCUGUAACUCGAGCGAGUUCUACCUGUCCUACCACCUGUACAUCGUUGCGUGUGCUGGAGCCGGAGCUGCGGUCAUCGCCAUGAUCCACUACCUUAUGAUCCUCUCGGCGAAUUGGGCCUACCUAAAGGACGCGAGUCAAAUGCACGCGUACCAAGACAUCAAAACGAAGGAGGAGCAAGAGCUGCAAGACAUCCAAUCACGUUCAAAAGAAUGCCUCAAUUCCUACUCGUAAGAACCCUGUUAACAUCGGCAAAAAAUACAUCAAUAAAAAGCAGACGCUCUGAUCUCCCAUGGCCACGAAGCUAACUAACACUGCGUUUACCAUCUAACCCCGCCCUGCUCUAACCCCGCCCUGCUCUAACCCCGCCCUGUUCCAUGCUCCUGUAUUCAGGUUUUCAGUUUCCAACAGAAUUAUUAUUUUAUUUUUUAUUAUUUUAACUUCAAAACAGGAGAAAAGUUCAGUAUUUCAUUUGGAAAUGUGUAGAAUGUUUAUUUGUAAUUGAAGUUUUGAUUAAAGUCACAGCACAACAUUCUGAGCCUUACGACACCGUACAGUACGAAUUAUUUCUGAUAUUCGUGUUUUUAAACAAAUGUUUAGUUUUGAUCAUAAAUGCAACGGAUUUUUGGGAGUAAAUAUCAAUUUUAAAAAAAUUUUGGGAAUGGAUUCAAAACCGAAAAAACUUUUACAAUCUAUACGUUUCUAAACGUAUCAUGUGGUGAACUGUGAUUUUUAUUUUUUGAUUCUCCCCAAAAGAAGAAUAUAAAACGUCUACCUCAGAUGGACCACAGGAACUGUUAAUAACCUCUCAGUUCAGUUCAGUUCAGUUCAGAUCAAUAUGGCUGGAUAUUUUUUAAAGAAAUGACUCUGUUUUCCAGAAACAACCAGCAUUCAGUAAAAGACCUUAAAAAUAAACAUUUUUGUUAAAAAAGGUAAUUUUCCCCAAAGUUACCAGAACAAUGUUCAUGUAUAUAGUUUUAGAUUUCUUACAGUGUAGUUUUAUAAAAUUCUUUCACAUUUUCAUGACUAAAUUUUUUUUACUGUUAUUCACAAUAUAUAUGAUGAUGAUGAAAAUGAUGAUCUUCUUCUUCUUCUUAAAUUUAGUGGACCAGGAUUAUUCAAAACUUGGGAGCAUUACACACAAUUUUUAACAUUUUUAACACAUUACACAAACAUUUAAAAACAGAAAUAUUUCAACAGGAUUAAACCGAACUUUUCCUUUUUACAAAUCAUUUCUCUCUCCAUCUUUCUUCCUUCUUUCACGGCCUGAAAUGAUUGUAAUUAUUGUAGUUUGUUCUUGUUGUUAUUGUUUUAUGGGGAUCUUUAUUUCUUAAUGAUUCGAUAUGAUACUGAUAGUGAAAGUUUUGUUUGUUAGACGUUUGUGUAAAAAAAAAAAAAAAAAACAACUGGUUCAUUUUUCAUGAUUAGAAUUUAAACUAGCUUACAAUUUGUAUUGUUAUUUUUUGUUAUAGUGUUGCUUUUGGAUUCAUUUUUUUCCAUUAGAAAAUGUACGAUUGUGUAAUUGUGUGGAGAAAUGCUUUGUGGAUUUUAAACACUUGUGUUUUUGUAAAUUGGACUGAAAUGGUUGAGAUUUCAGUUUAGUAUAAUAUUAAAUCCACUGGGAUGACAUUAUACUGAUACAGUAUUCAUAAAACCUUUCUCUGAUUGAUUUAAAGAUAAUUACAGGGAGAGCUGAUGUUUACUUCUUAUUACUUUUGCAUUGAGAGAAAAACCCUGUAGUGGUUUGUAUUGAGGUGUAGCGUAGGCAGCGUUUGCCUUUUUCUCUUUUAUAACGUGACCGUUGACUUUUUCAGACGUAGCCCGAGCUGUUCCACAGGUUUCAUCCCCUGUAGCAGUGUACGAUACGCUGCGUGUGGAAUCUGACCGUAUUGUUACGGAUGCGGAGUCCGUUCUGAUUUCCAUUUUAAUUGUAAUUGGUAUUCGAUGUGUUAAUUAGACGAUGGCAUCCAUUGCGUGAGUUUUAUCCUGAAGCUGGACGAACCGGUCUGAUCUGAAGAGGUUUUAUCUUAAAAUAAAUUCCAGCACAUCUCCAGUAAACGUCAGGGUUUAUUUCAAGACUUUAAAUUGUACGUGUUCAUCAGAGGAAGUUGAAACCAGGGGGUUAUUAGAAAUAAAACUGAUAACUGUAGUGACUAACGUUACCUUUUCUCUACGUUUAUUUCAUUUCGCUGCAGUUUAUUAACCAGUCUGGGAAAGUUUGUUUGUUUUUUAAAUGAAAAAUAAAAACACAUCUUGUCAGACUGUGAUGCUCUUUUCUGUUUUGUCCAAUUAAGAAUCUGAUGAAAUAAUUAGAUAUUCUUAUGGGUUUUAUUGUAAUGGAAAAAUUACAUAAUUUAAGCACAUUUUAAAUAAAAUGUAAUGAUUUGUUUAAUUAAUUAAAGAAUUGUUCUUCAGGUGAAAA